AAACAUAAUACAGUGCAAAACAAAACCAAACCAACCACCCACAGAUAACAGUACAUACAAGCAAGCGUCGUCAGGCAGGCCGGGUCAAUAUCAAUUGGGCAGGUAGGUACAGGGGGAGUAAGCGGAGAAUGGUCGGGGGUCACAGGCCAGGUUCAGCAGGUAGCAAGCAGCGUAGUACAGAGGGUCAGGCAGAGGGAUGGUCAGGGUCACAAGCCAGGGAUCAGAACAGGUAGCAAGCAGCGUAGUACAGAGGGUCAGGCAGAGGGAUGGAAAAGGAACAGAAACAGGAUGCAGGACAGAUACAGGGCCCAGGACAAAACACAACACCAAGGCAGAGUCUGCAAGUCUGGCC